AUGUGGCUGCCUUCACCUGUAAUAAAUUCGGUUUGGUUGAACCAUGUAAACAGAGUUUUACUUAUAUACUACACGUACUAAUGAGAUGGAUUUGUGUAGAAUAAUUUUCAGCUAGAGAAAUGAAUCUUGUUUUGAGGAACACACAUCCAACAACUCGGUUACAUAGCGCAACAGUGAUUUUUUUUCAUGGCUCGGGUGACACCGGCUCAAAUUUACUAGAAUGGAUACGCUUCUUACUAGGGCGAGAUAUGGAGUUUGCACACAUCAAAGUGAUAUACCCCACAGCACCUUUCCAAGCAUAUACUCCAUUAGGCGGGGAAUCUUCAAACGUUUGGUUUGAUCGUCGGUCUAUUUCUAUAGAUGCUUUAGAAGAUCGAAAAAGUAUAUCCCGGAUUUAUGAAAAAGUCUGUGAUCUUAUUAAGAACGAACAGGAACUGGGUAUAUCACCAAACAGAAUUAUUGUUGGAGGGUUUUCUAUGGGCGGAGCACUUGCUUUACAUACGGGCUUUCAUUUAAACACGGAUUUAGCUGGAGUAUUUGCUUGUUCAUCGUUCUUAAAUUCAGAUUCAAUUGUAUACGAGUCAUUGAGUCAGAAGUUGGGAACCGAGUUCCUACUACCGGAGAUGCGAAUGUACCAUGGCGAUAGAGAUACACUCGUACCUUUAGAGUGGGGUAAGGGAACAUAUGAAAAGCUAAUACAGCUUGGUGCGAAAGGAAAUUUUAUAUCUCUCGACAACACUUUACAUGAGCUCAAGAAACGACAACUCUUAGAUAUUCAAGAGUGGAUAUUAAAAAAAUUACCUCCUCUCGAAAGUGAGUCAAGAAAUAAACUAUGAAAAGAAUAAUAUUAUUUGAAUGAUGUACAUAUGUUUGUUUCCAAAAAUGGGAAUUGAUAAAUUAUUGUCUGGAAUUAAUUACUGUUAUUUUGUAUAUAAUCAACUAUUAUGAGAUGCUGAUAAAUAAAAUGGUAAAAAGCGGAUGCUUA